UUCGUAUGCUGCGUGAUGCCGAGGGCGACCAAGCAAGGCGAGGAGAGUGAUGGGUCAUGGCCGCCCUCACCGCCUGCCGCGCUUCGUCCCGCACGUCGCAGCACUUUAACACGCGGAAUCGUUCGUCUUGUUGUCCAUUAUCUCUCGUCUAGCUGUCUAGUUGUAGCGCUCGAGUCUGUCCAGCCCCGCCCUCACACUCGUUCAUCGGCACCUCGUCCCCUCGACAAAUCGACAACAGAGCUGUGCUCGUCGUCGAUCCCCAUCCCGUCCCGUCCCGUCCCGCCUCGUCUCCCACCCCUCGGCCUUGUACUCGGGUACCGCUCUCUAUCGCCAUGCUCUUCAACUUUGCUGUCCCGGCCCUCGCCAUUGCCGGCGCCGUUCUGGAGGCCCAGCCCGCUGCUGCUCACAGCGUCGCUCGCCACCCUCGCUCCGCCCACCAGAAGCUCGCCGAGCGCCACCUCGCUGCCGCAAAGGACAAGCGCCAGUACCAGAUCCUCACCCGCGGCGACGGCUCUCGCUGCCGCGUCCGCCCCUCAACCACCAAUCAGGCCUCGACUGGCGACAACAACAGCUCCCAGCAGCAGCCGGCAGCCGCGCAGGCCUCGGCCCAGCCUUCUGCACAGGCGCAGUCCAACUCCACCUCUCCUGCCGGCAACGAGCAGCACAACGUCGACACUCCGGACACGCCCGACACACCCGACACCCCAGACACGCCAGACCAGCCCGGCAACAGCACCGAAACCGCUGAGACUCCUGAGACUCCUGAGAACAACUCUCCCGGCGGUGGUGCCGGGGCUGUCAACGGCGGCUCUGUCAACGUUGGCUCCAAGCUCGGCGCAGCGUGGCCCAACGGCGACUGGACCGGCGCCAACCAGCCCGGUUGGAUCGGCAACUUUAUCGGCUCGCGCACUUCGUGGUACUACACCUGGUCGCCGCACAACUGCAAGCAGAACGACGACCUUGGCCUCGAAUUUGUGCCCAUGCUCUGGGGCGCCAAGCAGGUCUCGGACUGGUACGCGACGGCCGAUUCGUGGCCCUCGAGCGUGAAGAAUGCCCUCUUCUUCAACGAGCCCAACCAGCACGACCAGGCCGGCAUCGACAUUUACAGUGCUCUGGGGUACUGGACCAACGACUUCCUGCCCAAGACGCGCGCGCGCGGCCUCCGCAUCGGCUCGGCCGCUCCUACCUCGGCUCCCGACGGCGUCGAGUGGGUUGUCAACUUCUACAACAACUGCAUGCAGCAGAACGGCAACGACAAUGGCAAGUGCAAGGCCGACUUUGCCCCGGUGCACUACUACGAUGUUGACGUCGGCAACUUCCAGACCUACCUCCAGAACUUCCACCAGAAGACUGGCGUGCCCCUCUGGAUCACCGAGUACGCGUGCCAGAACUUUAACGGUGGCGCGCAGUGCGACGAGGGCCAGACCUGGGCCUUCCACCAGCAGAUGGCUGCAUGGAUGGACAAGCAGGACUGGAUCGAGCGCUACUCGCCCUUCGGCAUGAUGCGCAACAUGCAGGGCGUCGAGCAGCACAACGCCCUCAUGAACCCCAACGGCGAUGUGACCGGCCUCGGCGCCUGGUACAUCUCGAGCUCGUAAGCUCCUUCGCUCACCUACCUCGUUACGAACGUUCAAAGACGCCCCGCACCCUCCGUCCUCUUCGCUGGCGCAGGACCUCUGUAGCCUCCAUGGUAUGUUUGCCAGACCGACGCUGGCCGUCGAUGCAUGUCUGGUAUGAUGUCUGCCUGCUGUGGAUGUGGCUCGCGGCGCUCGCCCAAUGCAUGCGGCGCCUGACGUCGUUCAUGAAAAUUGAGAUGACUCCAAUUCGAGAUGACAUGAGAGGCACUCGUUGCGAGGCACUGCAAGCGAGGGGUGAAAGGGAGGAUGUUGCAGUGUGCCAGUUGCAGGUGGCGACGGGGUGUGUGUACUGUAUUAGGGGGAGUAAUGUUUGUAUCAACAGCGAGUCCAUGAUGUCUCCCCCGUUUGUGGCGCUUAUGGCGCUGUUGAGUUU